AUGGAUGCCACGGGGGCGUACCACCGCAUCACAGUAUGUCUGAGUGCUGUGAGUGGGAUAUGGAUCUUGGGCAUGCUGCUCUGCAGCGUCCCAUGGUUCCAGCGCCAAAUGCUAUACUUGCACUGGGUAAAGAUAUGGUGGGGUUUCAAGCUGGACAGGCCAGAAACGUUUGGAUUCUUAAAGAGCCAAGUCGCUCCAUUUCGGAUCGCAACCUCUGAUGGAGAGCGCCUCUACGCAUGGCUGAUUGCCCCGUUGGGGAUUUAUGCAAAGCACAUUGAAAGCUUUCAGAAAGAAAAGGUUGGCCCUUUCGUGGACGUGAAAGAAAGAUUGGCCUUCAAACUUCUAGCUCAGGAUCCGGAAGCACGACUUGUGAUCUAUUUCCACGGUAACACGGCAACAAUCGGACAGGGCCGACGCACCGAGGAGUAUCGCGUUCUCUCGUCUGGCGCUUCUGACAAGAUUUUUAUUCUAACGUUUGAUUAUCGCGGCUUUGGCCAUUCUACUGGAACUCCCACAGAAGCCGGAUGCAUCAACGAUGCCAUCGCUGUGCUCGAAUGGGCCCUAAACGAGGCCCAUAUUCCUGCAGAUCGCAUCGUUUUACUCGGCCACAGUCUUGGGACAGCUGUUGCCAGUGCCGCUGCCCAGUAUGCCAUCAACUUGGAUCCCCCCGCGCAGAUUGCCGGCGUUGUCACCUGCGCCGGUUUUAGCGAUGCGAAGAAUGCUUUUCUAUCCUACUCCGUUGGUGGAGUGUUGCCUGUUUUUGCACCCCUAAAGUUUAUGCCUUGGUUAAGCGCAUGGCUUGGAAGAAGGGUAAAAGACACUUGGAAGAGUGCAGAUAGGUUAGCAGAGCUGGUGCAAAAAAGCAAAAAGAUCCGAGUGACCAUGGUCCAUGCCACGGGAGACAUCGUAAUGCCUUUCUAUCAGUCUAAUGAGCUUUUCUAUCGAGUCGUGGAAGCAGUGUCGGGGCACAAGAUGACGAGGGAAGAGAUAGACAAACUGAAGGAGUCGAUCGACCUCGGUGAUGGUGGGGUGGUGGACAGCUGGACCGAUGGCGAGAGGAUUAUCAGAAAGGAGAUUGUAUAUCACGGAGGACAUGAUUCUAUCAUGAAAUGGACCCCGGUAGCUCUCGCGGUCGUGAGAAGCUUCGAUCUCCCGCAAGCUUCAGCGUUAGUGUAG